AUCCCUCUCAAUUGUCAACUCGCCAACAUGACGACCCCCCACCCGGAGUCCACUGAGGACUUCGAGUUCAUCCAGACUCCGGAAGCUCCCGUGCAGUCCAAGCCUGCCUUCGAUUGCGGUGUUCCGACCACGUUGUACCCGGCAAUCAAGAAUGCCCCCGUUCCCGCCGACUCGCCUGGUAGCGACAGCUUCUCCAAUGGCUUGAUGAUCUUCCUGGUCAUCGUGGUGCCUUGGUACCUGGCCCGCCAGGUUGGCGGUGGCUUCUACACCACCAUCUUCUUUGCUAUCUUCACCACUGUCCCCGUUCUGAUGGCCUUCUGGACCGUCUCUUCCUCUAUCUCCCCCCGCAAGACCGAGAAGGCCAAGUACUGCGGCCGCCCCGUUGAGUACUACCUGAACUUCCACAGUGAGCAUGACCGUGCCACCUACCGUGGCAAGAGCAAGAUCCCCAUGGAGGUCUUCUACGAGAAGUACUUCAACGGCGAGGUUGACUUCAAGGGCGAUGCCCUGGAGGCUCUCGAGUACCGUCACGAUUGGGCCAACUUCAAGUUCACCAUGGGUCUCUUCAAGCACUUCCUGUUUGGCUUCAUCCCUGAGAUGCUGCUGCACACUCGUUCCCAGGAUGAGGAGCAGGUUCGUGACCACUACGACCGCGGUGACGACUUCUACGCUUGGUUCCUUGGCCCCCGCAUGAUUUACACUUCCGGUAUCAUCAGCGACAUCAACAAGGAGGAGACCCUCGAGGAGCUCCAGGACAACAAGCUGGCCGUUGUUUGUGAGAAGAUUGGCAUUCAGCCCGGUGACAAGAUGCUCGAUCUUGGCUGUGGCUGGGGUACUCUCGCCAAGUACGCCUCUGCUCACUAUGGUGCCCACGUCACUGGUAUCACUCUUGGUCGUAACCAGACUGCUUGGGGUAACAACGGUCUCCGCAAAGCUGGCAUCGAGGAGUCCCAGAGCCGCAUUGUCUGCGCCGAUUACCGUGAUUCUCCUCGCGUUGAGGGUGGCUACCAGAAGAUUACUUGCCUCGAGAUGGCCGAGCACGUCGGUGUCCGUCACUUCUCCAGUUUCUUGUCUCAGGUCUACGACAUGCUCGAUGACGAUGGUGUCUUCUUCCUGCAGAUUGCUGGUCUCCGCAAGUCCUGGCAGUACGAGGAUCUCAUCUGGGGUCUGUUCAUGAACAAGUACAUCUUCCCCGGUGCUGAUGCCUCUACUCCUCUUGGCUUCGUCGUCGACCGCCUUGAGGGUGCCGGCUUCGAGAUCAAGGCCGUUGACACUAUCGGUGUCCACUACUCUGCCACCCUCUGGCGCUGGUACCGGAACUGGAUGGGCAACAAGGACAAAGUUGAGGCCAAGUACGGCAAGCGGUGGUUCCGCAUCUGGGAGUACUUCCUUGCUUCCUCCACCAUCACCUCCCGCCAGGGUGGUGCCACCUGCUGGCAGCUCACCCUCGUCAAGAACAUCAACUCCACCCACCGUGUUGAUGGCAUCAAGACCCAGUUCGGUCUCACCGCUGCCCGCGAGGCCGCCAUCGAGCGUGCCAACGGCACCCUCCCCAAGGCCCACAUCAUCAAGAAGGACCUGUAAACGUCCGAUUCGAAUUGCCCCUCCUUCCCUCAAAGCUUCAAUCCUAUCCCAUGGGAUCUUUGGAGCUCCGAGGGAACGAAAGAAUCGGAAAUGAUGCGGCGUGCCCUAUGGGUUCCGCAGCCCCUGUGACUGCGAACAUGAAUGUUUGUUAGGACACGCAUGAUACGAGUAUGAAUGGAAGUGAAUAGAUCCACGACCAAAAGUGUUGAAGAUGUGUUGAGGGUAGUUGAGCUGGAUCUAUCCAGACGUGUGAUGUAUGCUUAUGCCCCGGCGGCGGCUUGUAUCGGGUCUGAAUUAGAUCUUUAUGUCAUGUCUUUCCUUGUAUCGAAUAGGAUAUGAAUGGUUACGGAAUUGUCAUAAAAGGGGGUUUCCAUUGUCUUUAUUCUAUUAAACAUGAAUUGAUAAUCAUAUCUUUC